CUUUUCGCUGGCACGUGAGAUGGCCGGUGGCAUCCGCGAGGGCUACCUCCUCCACCUCGAUGCGAUCGCCGACAACGUAGGCGACAUCCGAUACGUGGCGUUGGAGGAAGGCGUGAUCAAGCUCUACGCGGCGCCGGACCGCCUGGAAGCGCACUUGAUGCAUACUAUCUCGUUGACGCGGCAUACCGUUGAAGUGGACAUCAUACCGUUCAACGAUGGCAACGGCCUUCCUUGUCGCUUUGUGGUUCACUUGACGCCAUACUCUGACUCAUCCACUUCCCAUGACAAAGAGCAGUUCCUCCUAUUUUCGGCGCCGACGUCGGCCGCCACCACCUUGUGGAUGAAAGCCCUGUUGAACUGGCAUCGACACUGCUUCGACACGUCGGUCCGAUCAUUGCCGAUCAAUGCCGAAGACCAAGCCGCCAUAGAUGCCCAACGAGCGACGGACUUGCAGCAGCUUGAAGAACGAAUGCAGCAGUACGAUCUCACCCCACGACCUCCACAGAACCAUGCAUCGUCCACGUCAUCCAUCUGGAGCUGGAUGCAAUCAUUGAUGUCCUAGCAUCCUACGAUGCGCUUGACCGCAUCUCAAAACAUGUCCACCAAGAAUUGUCACAUUUGGUUCAAGGACGUGUGAAGAAAUCAAAUUUUAUGAAUGUACGAUUCUGAUUGGGUGCAAAUCGUAAAUUUUGAUUCAGGCUACAUUUCUAGCGUUUUUCACUAAAAAUAUUCAACAUACUUCAAAAAAUAUGG